AUGAAUUUACAGCAUGCAAAAUGGAGAUCAGAGCACCACAGCAAGCUCAGAGAGGACCGUCUGUACAAACAGCUUCUGAAUAAUGCAAGCCAGAUCCUUUCUUUCUCCGAUGAAGUUAUGGACGAGAUGGGGGCCAUUUCAUACAGAAAAGCUGACUUUAGCUGGCUUUUCCAUGCCACGGGCCCCUUAGCACCAGGUACCAAAUUAAAGAAAAUAAAGAGGCAUGAGAACAAUGAAAUACCCUGCAACAUCAACUGUUUAACCCAAGAAGAGGGCAGAAUUUCAGUACAGGCUCCUGCAGUGAACAAUAAGGUACCUUUCAUAAGUCUUAGUGAUCAAAGCAAGGUGUAUGAUGCGUUUAGAAUAACAAGACCGUUAAUGUUGAAUGUGCACACCUAUUUGAAGGAGUCCUCUACAGAGGACUGGGAAGCCCAAAGCAGCAGGUGGCAGGAGUUUGCACAAAAUAAGAGUCAACUAUUACAACUGAGAAAACAACACAGGAUACCUGGUUAUGUGCUCUCUCCAGUAAGCACAGAUGUGCAGAACCGCUUAAAUAAGACAGCAACCACUGUGACCACCAAGCACAUUGAGAUCCCACAGGCCCCUCGGCUACAGGAUAUCUUGAAUCCAAGUGCCGGCAGUCAUGUCACAAAGAACGUCUCUGAACAGGAGAUCUUCUCAGGAACUGGUAGAAUUGUAAAAGCGGAGCAGAGAUGGAUGGAUCAGCCUACCAAAAUUGACUCUGCCCUCAAGCAGGGUCUCAGACCUCCUGACUUCAGCGGACAGGAUCCUGAGAUGCCCAAACAGUCUGUGGCUGAACUUUCCACACUUCGUUAUGCAGUUGAUCAAUGGAGGAAUGCCUGCAACAUCAAGUUGCCCUUGCAGAGAGUGACCAUCGAGGGCCUAAAAAGAGCUCUUAGUGACCCUAAUUACCCAGUGCGGCUGGAGGCCAUCAUAACUUGUGCUUUGGGAGCAGUUAAUGGACCACAAGAAGAGCUUGACCCUGGCAAAACAGGUCAACAUGGUAAGAGAUGCCAAUUGAAGGCAGAUCCUCAGGAGCUGCAGGCUCUCAUUGUCUUGGCGCUUGAUGACCCAGUGAAGAGAGUUCAGAUGGCUGCUGCAGUGUGCCAGUAUGCCAUGAGGACACCUAAUGCACGCACCAGAGACAUACUACAAAGCACUUUGAAGCAAGACCCUUCUGGCACAGGUGCAGACAGCUGGGUGGCGGCACAGUGCUUGGCGAUAGACGGGGAUACGAGUCAAGCUGUCAUACAGAGACUCUUGUCACAGCACUUUCUCAGAGACGCUCCUUCAGAUCACGAGCAGUCUAUGAUGCUACUCUCCAACAUUAGCAGCAAGACUACACUAGUGCGCUCUCUUCUGGCAGAAGAGUUAAACAGCGCUAACUGGAGAACACGAGUUCAGGCCUGUACUAGCAUUGCACAGCUCAGAAGUCCAAUAAACAAGGAUCUUUGCAACAAACUGAUAUAUAUGAUGUGGAACGACUGGAGCUGUGCUGUUUGUCACGCUGCAGCGCUGGCUCUGAGUAAAAUGGAUGCAGCCAGAGAGAUGCACAGUGAGCUGAGUGCGAAGCUGGAGGAGGGUCCAACUGCUUGGCGGGUGGAAGCGCUGAUCUUCAUUGGUCAGCUCAAUAUAAUGACACGCAAGCUACUGCCUACAUUCCUGCGGUGCUUUAAUGAUGACUUUGUGGCUGUGCGCAAACAAGCUUGUUUGACUGCAGCAUCUCUAAUGAUGGAUGACCAUUUGGUCCUGGAUCAGCUAAUUAACCUGAUGCAGAAUGGUCCAUUAUGGGAGGUGAAAGUGGAAGCAAUUGAUGCUUUAGGGAAAAUAGGUUGGAUGAACCCAGCUCUCCAGGAGUUGCUGAUGUGGGCUGUACACCAUGAGGAGGAGCCCAGUGUGCGCAUUGCUGCCUGUAAGGCCCUGAGCACUUUAGAUGCAAAGGGCCCAGAAUUACAGCAUUUUCUACAGGAGCGUUAUGCACUGGAACCCAACGCUGACGUGCAGAGGCACAUUGAAAGUCUUCUGAAAAAGCAUGGAUACAGUCUGAAGGGAAACGAAAGCAAGAUUCAUGAGAUAAAGCUCCAGGUGGAGCUGUUGUGUACAAAACACAUCAUUACACAGAAAGUGCUCUUAAUGGAAGAGAGGGGAAAGCAGCAAGAGCAAAAAUUAUUGUGCUGAAUUUAUGGUUGUCCUGCUAUAUCAAAUAUUAUAA